GGCCGGGCAGGGGCGCCAUGGCGGCCGCCGAGACCAAGAUCAUCUACCACCUGGACGAGCAGGAGACGCCGUACCUGGUGAAGCUGCCCAUCCCCGCCGAGCGCGUCACGCUCGGCGACUUCAAGGGCCUCCUCAACCGGCCCAACUACAAGUUCUACUUCAAGUCCAUGGACGACGACUUCGGGGUGGUGAAAGAAGAAAUCUCGGAUGACAAUGCCAAGCUCCCCUGCUUCAACGGCCGGGUGGUGUCAUGGCUGGUGUCUGCAGAGGGGUCACACUCGGAUGCUGGGUCGGUCUGUGCCGAUAACCAAACAGAGCUGCCGCCCUCCAUGGAGCGCACGGGAGGGAUCGGAGACUCCAGGCCGCCCUCCUUUCACCCUAACACUGGGGGGAGUCGGGAAAAUCUGGACAACGAGACAGAGACGGACUCCGUGGUGUCAUCGCAGAGGGAGCGACCCCGUCGAAAGGAUGGACCUGAGCAUGCACCCAGGGUGAAUGGGACAGUGAAGGGAGAGCGACGCCGAGACCUGGGCGGGUACGAGAGCUCCUCCACGCUCAUGAGCAGUGAGCUGGAGACCACCAGCUUCUUCGACUCAGACGAAGACGACUCCACCAGCAGGUUCAGCAGUUCGACAGAGCAAAGUAGCGCCUCCCGUCUGAUGAGGAGACACAAACGACGCCGGCGGAAACAGAAGGCUCCGCGGAUUGAGCGGUCAUCCUCCUUCAGCAGCAUCACAGACUCAACCAUGUCCCUGAACAUCAUCACGGUCACACUUAACAUGGAGAAAUAUAACUUCCUGGGCAUUUCCAUUGUGGGCCAGAGCAAUGAACGUGGAGAUGGAGGCAUUUACAUUGGCUCUAUCAUGAAGGGUGGUGCCGUGGCAGCUGAUGGCAGGAUUGAGCCGGGCGACAUGCUCUUGCAGGUGAACGAUAUUAACUUUGAAAACAUGAGCAACGAUGAUGCUGUACGGGUGCUCCGGGAGAUCGUGCACAAGCCUGGGCCCAUCACCCUGACUGUGGCCAAGUGCUGGGACCCCAGCCCCAGAGGCUGCUUCUCGUUACCUAGGAUUGCUCCCCAGCGGAUCUGGGCUGGGCCAGACUCUCCAUGCUCCGAUCCGGGUGAGCCCAUCCGGCCAAUCGACCCGGCAGCCUGGGUGUCCCACACAGCAGCGAUGACCGGCACCUACCCAGCGUACGGUAUGAGUCCAUCCAUGAGCACAAUCACUUCCACCAGCUCCUCCAUCACCAGCUCCAUCCCAGAGACCGAACGCCUCGAUGACUUUCACCUGUCCAUCCACAGUGACAUGGCCACCAUUGUCAAAGCCAUGGCCUCCCCAGAGUCAGGCCUGGAGGUGCGUGACCGCAUGUGGCUGAAGAUCACCAUCCCCAACGCCUUCAUUGGUUCGGAUGUGGUGGAUUGGCUGUAUCACCACGUGGAGGGCUUCACAGACCGCCGUGAAUCUCGCAAGUACGCCAGCAACCUGCUGAAGGCUGGCUACAUCCGACACACCGUCAACAAGAUCACCUUCUCGGAACAGUGUUACUACAUAUUCGGCGACCUCUGUGGAAACAUGGCUAACCUGUCUCUCCAUGACCACGAUGGCUCCAGCGGUGCUUCCGAUCAGGACACUUUGGCUCCUCUUCCACACCCGGGAGCUGCACCCUGGCCUAUGGCUUUUCCAUAUCAGUAUCCACCACCUCAUCCAUAUAACCCCCAUCCAGGCUUCCCUGACCCAAGCUACAGCUAUGGAGGGGGCAGUGCAGGCAGCCAGCACAGUGAAGGGAGCCGGAGCAGCGGUUCCAAUCGCAGUGGCAGCGAGAGGAGAAAGGAGAGAGAGAAAACCGGGGAGUCCAAGUCAGGUGGCAGCGGGAGCGAGUCGGACCACACCACCCGGAGCAGCAUGCGGCGCGAGCGCGCGGCCAGCGAGCGCUCGGUGCCGGCCAGCCAGCACAGCCAGCGCAGCCAGCACUCGCUGGCCCACAGCAUCCGCAGCCACCACAGCCAGCAGUCGUACGGGCCGCCCGGCCUCCCCCCUCUCUUCAGCCCCCCCAUGUUGCUGAUGCCUCCACCGCCGUCAGCCAUGGGGCCCCCCGGGGCGCCGCCGGGCCGCGACCUGGCCUCUGUGCCCCCCGAACUGACAGCCAGUAGACAGUCCUUCCGAAUGGCCAUGGGCAACCCCAGUGAGUUCUUUGUGGAUGUAAUGUGAAGCGCCCGUCCCCUGUCUGUCUGCUGCCCCUCCUUCCCCCUUCCAUCCCCGUCGUUUGUCUCCUAGGACCCAGCCCCAGCUUCACUCCCUUGUUUUUAUGGGUCUUUUUUUUUUUUUUUGUCUUGAUAACUAAAAGAAAAAAAAAAAGGGAAAAAAAAAUAAAUGGAACUAAACCUUGAUUCUAAUCCCUGCUCGAGCGGGGCGGAGGGCCCCACCGGCCUGCCAGCCCUGCCCGCCGCCACACUUGUGCAUUGCCAAGGUCGUCCCCUCCUGCCGUCCGUCCUCUCUAACCCCAUUAAUCCGCAUCCGUCCCAGCGCCCUGUGCUGCUUUGCCCGUGUGUCGCUGCUGCCGCGGUCCUUCCGCCCUAAACAUCUCUUCUCUCUUUCCACCCUUAUGUGUUUCUUCUAUCAAGCAGCAAAGAAUUACGGGGUGUUUGACUUUCUCUGAGCCUGCCGCCCGCAGGGGGGAGAACUGGAGCGUGGCCCGACAGGAGGACACGGAGCUCCAAGGGCGCUGGGCGCGCAUGGCGCUGAAGAUGUCUUCUUUUCUCCCCCUAGCGGAAGCCACCCUGCCCUUUCUCACCGCCCUGAGAGCGGAGCAGGGCCCAGCUCUGCCCUUAGGUGCCUUUAAACCCGAGCAAGUGUAAUUGCCCUUUGGCUAACGCGUGAAUGUUCCAGGGCUUCAGUGCCCAAGCGGAGCGAUGGUGCCGCUUCCCACCUGCCCCGCUCGCCUUGCCCACCUCGGGCCAGCUCUGAGCCUGGCACUGCCCUGGGCACAACCCUCCUUCCCCCGCCCAAUGUGGCUGGAAGUUGGGUCCCUCUCCUUCAUCCAGCCCUGCGCUGACCCGGGGUGCAUGAGGGGGAAUGUAAGGACAGAGCUGCGCUUGCUCAGCCCAGGGAGCGCCUGUUGUGCUCUUGCCCUCCCUGCCGCCGACUCUGGAGCAGGGACCAUCCCGCGCCGGGCACCGUGUCCAUGCUGGGUACCAUCCCCACUGCUCASUACUGAGACAUCCGCUGAGACCCCGCGGGCGGCCCAGGCAGGGAUGGCAGGCGAGGAGGGCACUUUGCUUCCCUGUCCUGCUCCAGGGCACAGCGGAGGGCUCCCAUAUGGCUGUCCUGCCUCCCGUUUGCCCCCCGGCAUGGGCUCCGCUGGCCUCUGUGGGGCAGGGGACAAGCUCGGGGUGCAGACAGGGCAGCACAGGGCCUGCCCCGCUGCCACCUGGCUGAGAACGGCUCCCUGUGGAGACACAAACCCAAUUAGGGCUGCAGCCCUGUGGCUGCUGCGACUUUGGUGAUGGAUGCAGGGCCUGGCCUCAGCGCCAGGGAGGGCCGAGGCAGCUGUUGGCUCUGUCUGCUCCGCUGCUCCCUGUUGCGUUUUUCCUCCCUCUUUGGGGUCCGUGGYGCCUUUCCUCCUGC